AUGACUUCGAUGCUGUCUGCUGAACUUUCGGCGACUUGCAAUGCUCUUGGAACUUUUGAUAAAAAAACGGGAAAAUACUUGAUAGACGAGUAUACUCUGAACACUGUGAAAGAUCUAAUACGAUACUUGCGUCGAGAUGGCGAAGAGCACGAGAUCCGACGACAUCUCGGACAGACGAAGGUGUUACAAACCGAUUUGUUACCUAUGCUGAUUGAUCAUUGGGAGAACGCUGAACUCUUCGAUGUCACUUUGAGGCUCUUAGUGAACUUGACAAACCCAGCACUGCUUUUGUACCAUGAGGAAGUGCCUGUGGAGAGGACUGCAAGGCACAACUACCUGCAGAUACUUUCCCACCUGCAGAACUACAAAGACGAAACAUUUACAAAGGUGGAUACUUGGAAUGUAUUUGCUAAGAAGCUUGCGAAGAUACUGGAGAUCGAUUGGAGCGAAAGAGAUGAAGACACAGGUCUUGUAAUUGAAAGAAUUCUGAUUCUGAUCAGGAAUGUGCUACAUGUGCCUGCGGAUCUGGACAGAGAACGAAGGCCUGAAAAUGAUGCCAGUGUCCAUGAUCAGGUGCUCUGGGGACUCAAUCAAUCAGGAAUCCUGGAUAUAUUAUUGUACAUGUCCUCGGAGAACGAAAAACAGUAUUUCAUGCACAUUUUGGAAAUUGUGUCGCACCUGCUGCGCGAACAGAAUCCCAGCGCGCUGGCCGACGCGGCGCUGCGCCGUAGUGGCCAGGAGAAGUUGCGCGAUGAUCAAGAGCUGUUGGCCUUGCGGGCCUCCGAGAGCAAGCAGCGGCUUGAUAAAAUUAGACAGUAUUCUGCUGCGAGGCAUUCUCGGUUUGGAGGCACUUAUGUGGUGCAAAACAUGAAGUCAAUAUCAGAAAACGAGCUGAUCAGCUUCAAGCCGCUAACCGAGUUCUCCAAGCUGGACUUCAGCGGCAGUAAGAAGUCAAAACUCGUGAGACCAAAGAACAGGAGACCCGUCGAAAGCGGAAUAUUGGAGAGGAGAUCGGCAUUCGCUGUAAGACUGUUCCUGAAGGAGUUCUGCAUCGAGUUCCUGAACAGCUCGUACAACCCGCUGAUGCGCCACGCGAAGGACGUGCUGGUCCGGGCCCGCGCCCAGCAGAACGACGAGUCCUACUACCUCUGGGCCCUCAAGUUCUUCAUGGAGUUCAACAGGGCGCACGACUUCCGAAUCGGACUAGUCAGCGAGACCGUGUCGGUGCCGACGUUCCACUUCGUCCAGCAGCAGAUGGAGAAGUACUGCGACACGCUGAAGGUGGAGAAGAAGCGACCCUGGCCGUGGGUGCGGCGCCUGCAUCUGGCGCUGCGGGCCUACAAAGAGCUGCUGCAGACGCUGUGGGCCAUGGGCGCCGACGCCGCGGCCGACGUGCGUGAUUCCGCUCGUGUCUUCCAGAGCAACAUCUUCUACGUGCCGGAGUACCGCGAGUUCAUCCUCGCCCUCUUCCUCGAUUACGACGAGACCAAAAUGCCCAGGUCGUACUUGGAGGACUUGCUGGAGACGGUGCACCUGUUCCUGAAGAUGCUGGAGCGCUUCUGCAAGAAAACGGGGCUGGUCGUCCAGAAGAGGGUCAGGAAGAAGGCGAAAAGUAAAAGUAUGCGUCCGAGUGCUGUCGCCGCAGAGAGGCCGCGCGGGGCCCCCGCCGCGCCCUGGGAGGCGGCGCGCGCGCAGCUGGCGGCCGUGCUGCGGCGAGGCGCGCCGGCGAGGGCGCCCUGCGACGCCGCCGCGCCGCUACCACGCCAGAGGGAGGAUUGUAUGAAGAACAUCCAGAAGAGCAUGCGAGAGUUCAAGUUCGAGGACGCCGUCGGAAUGUUUCGCGCCGCAAGGGAGCUGUGGCCCGAAGAGGGGAUCUUCGGAGCCGACGGAAUCGCGGAAGACGAGGAGCUCGAAAUGCUCGAGACCGUUUACAACGCCGAUUUGGGCGGCGACGACGCCGUCGAGCCGGCGAGCGAGGGCGCGGACGAAAGGCGAGACGAGUCGGGCGGGGACAGCGAAGAAGGUACCGCGGGGCGGUCGGCGGUCGCGCGCGCGGCGUCGGGUCUCGAGCCGCGGAAUCGUUCGGUUUCAGGCGAGGGCGAGGGCGCGGAGGAGACGCGGGCCGAGGCGGACUUCGACUUCCUGGAGUUCGUGCACCGGUGGUGCCAGCCGCGCGCGGUGGGCGCGUGCGUGGCGGCGCUGCGGCACCUGGAGCGGCGGCCGCGGCCGGCGCACUGCGCGCUGCGCCUGCUGCACCGCGUGGCGCGCCAACGCCGCCGGCGCGGCCCGGGCGGACGGGUCCAGCGCCCGGCGGAGGAGGCCGCUCCCCGACGCGAGUGCGAUUAUCCAAGAGCCUCCGGUCGCGACUCCGAGCUGACUCGUGCGCCUGUUUCGCCGCGGCCCGCAGACGUGGUCGACUGGAUCCUCGACAACCUGGUGCAGCGCGGGCGCACGCGGCGCGGCGUGCUGGCCAAGCUGCGGCAGCUGGGGCUGGUCUUCCGCGCGCCCACCAAGCGCUCCGGCGCGGACGGGGCCCGCCGGCGACGGGCUCGCCGCUCGGCGGCAGCGACGAACGCGGAGGAGGAAGCGACGCCGCCCGCCGACCUGCGCGGAGAGGCCGCGCAGAGGCCGCAGAGGCCGCCCCGGCCGGGCGCCGGCGAACUGGCGCGUCUGCUCGCCGGAGCCGUCGCCCGAGGGUUUUCGGAAGCGCUAAGCUGGCUGGCGGAGAGCUUGGAAGAAGUGGCCCUCGACCAGGAAGCGGAAGGGUACGACCCCGCGGCCGAGGGCACCCCCCUGGUGCCCAUCUCGCGGGAGGCCGUCGAGGCCACGGCCAGCCCCCUGUUCGCCGAAGUCCUGAGGGGGAUCGGCGUCGUGCCUCCCGCAGACGAGCAGGAGGCGUACUGGCGGAUACCCAGCAGCCUGCACUUCGAAGCGAUCCGCAGCCGACGCGAGAUGAUUCUGAAAGCCGUGAGCGGGCAGCCGGUCGCCGACGAGUCCGGCGCCGACGCCGACCAGCUGGCCUCGGCCGACCGCAAGCGCAGCCGCGGGGCGGAGCCGGGCGCGCCGGCCGGGCGCACGGACGACGCAGGCGAUAGCGAUGACGACGAUGUCCUGCCAACGAGAAGAAGCAAGAAGCGACGCGUCGUCAUCGACGACGACUCCGACUGAGACGAGGCUGCACCUGCUUGCUUAUCUCUUUUAUUGCAUACUAUGAUCAAGUUAAGCUUUGCUAUCUACAUUUAUUUCAUUAAACUUUUUAU